AUGGCGGCGGCGGCGGCAAGCGGAGCUGGCGGGGCUGCGGGGGCCGGGGCCGGGGGAGUUGGUCCGGCUGCCCGCCUGCUGCCCCCGCCCGCUGCCGGACCCCCGGCCGCGCCCGCCCCGGUGCCCUCGGCCGGCCCCCCGCGCCCCCCAGCCCCGGCCCCCCGCGGGCCGAUGCCCGCUCGCAUCGGCUACUACGAGAUCGACCGCACCAUCGGCAAGGGCAACUUCGCCGUGGUCAAGCGGGCCACGCACCUCGUCACCAAGGCCAAGGUUGCUAUAAAGAUCAUAGAUAAGACCCAGCUGGAUGAAGAAAAUCUCAAGAAGAUUUUCCGAGAAGUUCAGAUUAUGAAGAUGCUCUGUCAUCCGCAUAUCAUCAGGCUAUACCAGGUUAUGGAAACAGAGCGGAUGAUUUAUUUGGUGACAGAAUAUGCUAGUGGAGGAGAAAUAUUUGAUCACUUGGUUGCCCAUGGUCGAAUGGCAGAGAAAGAAGCUCGUCGGAAAUUCAAGCAGAUUGUGGCUGCUGUCCAUUUUUGCCACUGCCGGAACAUUGUUCAUAGGGACUUGAAAGCAGAAAACCUGCUUCUGGAUGCCAAUCUGAACAUCAAGAUAGCAGAUUUUGGGUUCAGUAACAUUUUUACCCCAGGGCAGUUACUGAAGACCUGGUGUGGGAGUCCCCCAUAUGCUGCCCCUGAGCUCUUUGAAGGAAAGGAAUAUGAUGGGCCCAAAGUGGAUAUUUGGAGCCUUGGAGUAGUCCUCUAUGUGCUUGUCUGUGGUGCCCUGCCAUUCGAUGGGAGCACCCUACAGAAUCUUCGGGCCCGGGUGCUGAGUGGAAAGUUCCGAAUUCCAUUUUUCAUGUCCACAGAAUGUGAGCACUUGAUCCGCCAUAUGCUGGUGUUAGACCCAAGUAAGCGCCUCUCAAUGGAGCAGAUCUGCAAACACAAAUGGAUGAAGCUGGGAGAGGCCGAUCCCAACUUCGACAGGUUAAUAACUGAAUGCCAGCAUCUGAAGGUAGAAAGACAAAUGGAGCCUCUGAAUGAAGAUGUUUUGUUGGCCAUGGUGGAAAUGGGACUGGACAAGGAGCGAACACUACAGUCAUUAAGGACAGAUGCCUAUGAUCACUACAGUGCUAUCUAUAGCCUACUAUGUGAUCGGCUUAAGAGACAUAAGAACCUGCGUAUUGGAGCACCUCCCAGUGUACCUCGGACCGUGACCUUCCCAGCACCAGCCACUAUCCAGGCGGAGCAAGCAGGUACCACUGUAAGCAUCAACGUUCCCCAGGUGCAGCUUAUCAACCCGGAGAACCAAAUUGUGGAGACGGAUGGGACAAUGAACUUGGACAGUGAUGAAGGUGAGGAGCCAUCUCCUGAAGCCCUGGUCCGGUACCUUUCAAUGAGGAGGCACACGGUGGGCGUGGCUGACCCUCGCACGGAAGUCACUGAAGAUCUUCAGAAGCUCCUUCCGGGCUUUCCUCGAGUCAGUCCCCAGGCCCCAUUCCUCCCGGUGGCCCCUAACAUGAAUUUUGUGCACAACCUACUCCCUAUGCAAAAUCUGCAACCAGCCGGGCAAUUAGAGUACAAGGAGCAGUCCCUGCUGCAGCCUCCCACUCUACAGCUGCUGAAUGGAAUGGGCCCCCUUGGCCGGCGGGCAUCAGAUGGAGGAGCCAACAUCCAGCUGCAUGCCCAACAACUGCUGAAGCGCCCAAGGGGACCCUCCCCUCUUGUCACCAUGACACCAGCAGUGCCAGCAGUUACCCCUGUGGAUGAGGAGAGCUCCGAUGGGGAGCCAGAUCAGGAAGCUGUACAGAGAUACUUGGCAAAUAGGUCCAAAAGACAUACACUGGCCAUGACCAGCCCAACAGCUGAGAUCCCUUCGGACCUGCAGCGGCAGUUAGGACAGCAGCCUUUCCGUCCCCGGGUCUGGCCGCCUCACCUGGUACCUGAUCAGCAUCGCUCUGUCUACAAGGACUCCAACACCCUACACCUUCCCACAGAGCGUUUUUCGCCUGUGCGCCGGUUUUCUGAUGGGGCUGCAAGCAUCCAGGCCUUCAAAGCUCACCUGGAGAAGAUGGGUAACCACAGCAGCAUCAAACAGCUGCAGCAGGAGUGUGAGCAGCUGCAGAAGAUGUAUGGGGGGCAGAUUGAUGAGAGAACACUUGAGAAGACCCAGCAGCAACAUAUGUUAUACCAGCAGGAGCAACAUCAUCAGAUUCUCCAGCAGCAAAUUCAGGAUUGUAUCCGUCCUCCUCAACCCUCUCCACCUCUUCAGGCUACAUGUGAAAACCAGCCAGCCCUUCUUACCCACCAGCUCCAGAGGUUGCGGAUUCAGCCCUCCAGUCCUCCCCCCAGCCACCCCAGCAACCAUCUCUUCAGGCAGCCCAGUAACAGCCCUCCCCCAGUCAGCAGUGCCAUCCUCCAGUCUCAUGGUGCUGCCUCUCCUUCCCAGUUUCAAGGCUUGCCAUCCCGAAGUGCAAUCUUCCAGCAGCCUGGGAACUGUUCUCCUCCCCCCAAUGUGACACUGACCUGCAUGGGCCUACAGCAGCCUUCCCAGUCUCAGCAGGUGACCAUCCAGGUACAAGAGCCACCUGACAUGCUCAGCAACAUGCCAGGGGCAUCAGCAGCUGGGCGGGGCAUGUCCCUCAACUCCUGUGCCAGUCAGAUUCAGAUGCAGCACCGUGCCAACCUGAUGGCCUCCCUCACAUAUGGGCACCGCCCAUUGUCCAAGCAACUGAGCGCCGACAGUGCAGAGGCCCACAGCUUGAACAUGAAUCGGUUUUCCCCUGCUAAUUAUGACCAGGCCCAUUUACACCCCCAACUGUUCUCGGACCAGUCCCGGGCCUCUCCCACCAGCUACAGCCCAUCCACAGGAGCGGGCUUUCCUCCAGCCCAAGCCCUGAAAGUCCCCGCACUCGACCAGUUCCCUCCUUUCCCUUCCGGUGCACAUCAGCAGCAACAGCACUACACCGCAUCGGCACUCCAGCAGGCUCUGCUGUCCCCCACGCCGCCUGACUAUCCGAGACACCAGCAGGUCCCCCACAUCCUCCAAGGACUGCUCUCCCCCCGGCACUCGCUCACAGGCCACUCGGACGUUCGGCUGCCUCCGGCAGAGUUUGCACAGCUCGUUAAAAGGCAGCAACAGCGACAGCAGCAGCAAGAACUACAAGAAUUGUUCAGGCAUAUGAACCAAGGGGAUGCUGGGAGCCUGGCUUCCGGCCUAGGGGGACAGAGUAUAUCAGAGUGCCAGGCUUUGUCUUUGCCUUAUCAGAACACUGACUCAUAUCACCACCAUCAUCAUCACCACCACCACCACCAUAGCAGCCCCCAGCAUCUCUUACAAAUCAGGGCACAAGAAUGUAUCUCACAGGUUCCCUCACCCACCCCGGCUCAUGGGUACACGCACCAGCCGGCGCUGAUCCACUCAGAGAGCAUGGAGGAGGACUGCUCAUGUGAAGGGGCCAGGGAUUGCUUUCCAGACAGUAAGAGUUCAAACACUUUGACCAAAGGUUGCCAUGAGAGCCCCCUGCUGUUAAAUACAGGUGGGCCUGGAGACCCUGAAUCUUUGCUAGGAACUGUAAGCCAUGCCCAGGAAAUGGGGGUGCAUCCAUAUCGACAUCAGCCAGUGACUGGAUUCAGUAGAAAUAAAGUGCCCAGCAGAGAAUCUGUCAUAGGGAACUGUAUGGACAGAAGUUCUCCUGGACAAGCUAUGGAGCUACCUGAUCAUAAUGGGUUGGGUUAUUCAACACGCUCCCCUGUCAGUGAGCAUCACAGGCCGAGGACCCUACAGAGACAUCACACUAUCCAGAACAGCGAUGAUGCCUAUGUACAGCUGGAUAACCUGCCUGGAAUGAGUCUCAUGGCUGGAAAAGCACUAAGCUCUGCUCGGAUGUCUGAUGCCGUCCUCAGUCAGUCUUCACUCAUGGGAAGUCAGCAGCUUCAGGACAGGGAAAGUGAAGGCUGCAGGGAGAGUUUGGAAGGUCAAGAGCCCUCAGACCUGACCGACGGCAGCCAGCACUUACACAACUCUUGUUAUCCAUCUACAUGUAUUACAGACAUUCUACUGAGCUACAAGCAUCCAGAGGUCUCCUUCAGCAUGGAGCAGGCUGGGGUGUAACAAGAAGCUAGGUGUUUUGUGUACAGCUUGGGAAUAAAAAAAGUUCAUUUUAAACCCACAGUAUCUAGCAGCAUCGCGCCAAAUUGCCAUUGUAUUUUUCCCCAGCUGGAAUAUCACAGCUCCUUUCCUCCUAUCCAGUCCAUCAGUGUGCCGUUCCUUGGGGUUCAGAAGGUGUCUACCAUGUUUGCCUGUAUGACCAAGCCACCGAGGAAAUAAAUGGGAAAUGAGAGCUCUCCGCUUUUGGCAAAAGCG